AUGUCUUCUCGGCCCCGGACUCGGUCGUGCGCCUGCGUUCGGUCUGGCUUUGAGUGCUCGUAUCCACCUGCUGGACCGCCUGCGAGACGGGCCAAGAAGACGACGAUCAAUGAUGUUGCAAGUCGGAUUUCUCAGAUGGAGAAGACUAUUGAGGCGUUCAAGGCUGGACAAGAUGUGUCGCCGCAACCGACGGUGUCUGCAGGUUCAGUGACUUCUGCGAAUAGUGUUCCAACACCAGCUAGUACAGCUACAGACGCUGAGACCAGAGAGAGGGUCAGAGGUUCUCGUGAGGGUCUGUUGCUCAAUAAGGGAACAAGUAGUCACUAUGUUAAUGAAGUUCUCUUCUCACGGGUCAUCGAACAGGUAAAGACGCUCCAGAAGUUUAUGGAUCUUGUACUAACACACGCCCAGGAAGAUGAUGUGCGAAUGGCCUUGGCAACGCCCAGAGAGCCGCCGCCUCACGAAGUUGACUCUCCCAUAUGUCACAUGAAUCCCAUUGGAUGGCUAUCAGCAGGAAUAGCAUCAGUAUCUACCGCAAUUUACCAUCCUCAAAGACGUGUGGCUAUUCGACUAUGGAAAGUCUUUGUCGAUGGUGUUGAUCCAUACGUCAAGGUUCUGCACAUCCCUACCGCUGAGACAACACUCUACACAGUCAUAGGGGACCCUACUAAAGCUUCAAACGAGAACUUGGCUCUUUGUUUUGCCAUCUAUUUCGCUGCGAUCACGGCCACGCCCUCCGAGGACGCGCUCGACAUAACUGGUGAAGACAAAAAACAAGCUCUCCUUCGGUACAGGAUGUGUUUAGAGCAAUCAAUGGCCCAAUCAGACUUCCUCGAGAAUCCUACAAUCGCUUCUCUACAGGCUAUGGCUAUUUAUGGGGCCGCCAUGCGGGUCCAUAACUCAUGUCGAGCUGUCUGGAUCAUGAAUGGCCUCGCACUUCGAGCCGCUCAGUCAAUAGGUUUGCACAGAGACGGCAGUAAGCUUGGUCUUUCACCCUUUGAGUCAGAAAUGCGACGUCGAAUAUGGUGGUAUUUCCAAGAGCGUGAUGGAAGAGGCGCCGAGGACUAUGGGCUACAGAACCCAACCGCUACUACCGUUCACGGUGUUGAGCUACCGCGGAACUUACACGAUAGCGAUCUUUCCCCAGGGAUGAAAGAGCUUCCACCUUCAAGGCCGGACUGGACGCGGAUGACGCUACAGCUGUGCUGCAACCAGUCAUCGCAGGCUUGGGCUCAUCUCUUCCACAUGAGUUGCUCUGCGGAUGGCAUACCAGAUGAAGAUGUACGAAGACGGGUCAUCAAAGAUGCCGUUGAUAAAGUUGAAGGAAUUUUGCAGCGCUGCAACCCCGUGAUACCCGAACAAAGAAUGACGAUCCGAACCGCACGUCUAAUUCUCUGCAAAGUCGAUGUAGUGUCUCGUCGCCAAUGGCAGAUCCUCCGCUCACCCAAUGACCAACCCCCAAUGGCCACAGAAGCCGAACUCACCGAAGCAGUCGAACUCCUCGAGCUCUCCAACCUCAUGUGGCAAGACGACGACCUCGUCGCCUACCAGUGGCUCGCCCGCUCAUAUCCCCAAUACCACAUAAUGCUCUUCAUCCUGCGCCACCUGUGCGUGUGUCCGCGUGGAGAACUAGCAAAGCGAGCCUUUGCAGCCGUGGAGCUGCAGCAUGAGAAUUUCAAAUCGAGGGAGGACAAGCCGCUGAGUGGGCUGAAGUGGACGGUGCUCGCGACGUUGAGGGAGAGGGCGUUUUUGUUGAUGCAGCGGGUUGAGAGGGAGAGUGUAGGUGUGCCGUGGAAUGAGAGUCAGCGGGUGGAAAUGCAGGGGACGAAUGGGCAGGCGGUGCAGAGUGGGAGUGAGGUUGCUGUUCCGGAUUGGAAUAUGAUUUUGGAGGAGUUUCCGUUGGACAUGGAAGACUUUUCAUUGAUUUUCUGA